CCUCUCCGUCUUCCCCCUUCCCUUUACUGAGGAUGCUGCCCUAUCUUUGCUACCUGCUGCUGCUGGUGUUCAGCAAGCCUCUGCUGGCCAAAGACGUUGUCUACGACUUCAAUGUCACCUGGGUGACAGCCAAUCCCGAUGGACUGGCCGACCGGAAGGUGGUGGGUAUCAACGGGCAAUGGCCCUUGCCCGUCAUCGAGGUCGACAAGGGCGAUCAACUGAUUGUGAACAUGUACAACGGACUGGGUGACAAGAGCACCAGUAUUCACUUCCACGGAAUGUACCAAAAUGGCACCAAUGACAUGGACGGGCCCUCGAUGGUCACCCAGUGCCCUGUCGCGCCCGGAUCCAGCAUCACCUACAACUUCACCGUCAACCAGAAUGGAACAUACUGGUAUCACUGCCACACCGAUUACUGCUACCCCGACGGCUACCGACAAGCAUUGAUCAUCCACGACAACAACUCCUACUUUGCUGAUGAGUACGACGAGGAGUUCACGGUGACCCUGAGCGACUGGUACCAUGAGCUGGCCGAGGACAUCAAGCCCGAGUUCAUGUCGCUGUACAAUCCGACCGGCGCCGAGCCCAUCCCCAACUCCUGGCUCUUCAACGACACCCAAGAUCUGAGCCUGUCCGUGAAACCAAACACUACGUACCUGCUGCGGCUGGUUAAUAUUGCAGCCUUCACCGCCCAGUACUUCUACAUCGAGGACCAUACCUUCAAGAUCGUGGAGAUCGAUGGUGUCUACACGGAGCCCACGGAAGCGGACAUGCUCUACCUUGCCGUGGGACAGCGGUACAGCGUGCUGCUCACCACCAAGGACACGGCCACCAAGAACUACGCCAUCGUCACGGUGGUGGAUUCCACGCUGCUGGACACCAUCACGCCGGACCUGCAGCUCAACAACACCAAUUGGCUCGAAUACGACUCCUCCGCCACAUACCCGCAAGCCAACAUCACAGUGGCCGAGUCGUCGGACCUCGACCCCUUCGACGACGCCACGCUGGUGCCCUACGACCACGUGCCCCUACUGGAGGACCCGAGCGUCUCGAUCAACGUGGCCAUCGUCAUGGACAACCUCAACAACGGCGAGGGCUACGCCUUCCUGAACGAGAUCAGCUACACCGCCCCGAAGGUCCCGACGCUGUACACGGUGAUGUCGGCGGGCGACCUGGCCACGGACCCCACCGUCUACGGCGACUACACGCACACCUACGUGCUGGACCACAACGAGGUGGUCGAGAUCAUCCUGAACAACAACGACACGGGCUCGCACCCCUUCCACCUGCACGGCCACAACUUCCAGGUCAUCGACCGGUACCCCUCCUACGGCCCGGACUUCUUCGAAUUCGCCGAUGCCGGCAUCCCCCAGCCCUUCGAUGCCAACAACCACUCCGCCUACCCGGCCUACCCGCCGCGCCGCGAUGUGAUUGUCGUCCCGCCCGAGGGCUACGUCGUGCUGCGCUUCCGCGCCGACAACCCCGGCGUCUGGUUCUUCCACUGCCACAUCGACUGGCAUCUGAUGCAGGGCUUGGCCAUGACCUUCGUCGAGGCGCCCCUCCUCCUCCAGGAGAAGCUGACCAUCCCCCCGGACCAUUACGCCGCGUGCAACGCCUCGGGGAUCCCGUACGUGGGCAACGCGGCCGCCAACACGGAGGAUUACCUCGAUCUGAAGGGCCAGAACAAGCAGCCCGGUUGGAUUCCGGACGGCUUCACCACCCGCGGUAUCGUGUCGAUGGUGUUCACGGUGCUGAGCGCUUUUCUGGGCAUGGGGUCCAUCGCCCUGUAUGGGCUGUCGGAUCUCAAGUUCGUGAAGAAGCCCGAGGCCCAGGCGGAUGGGAGUGGGCAGGCGGGUCAGGGGGAUGAGUAUCGCGAUUAG